ACAGACAACACUAGUUGUCUAUAUCAUGUCUCUGGUGGGAAUGGUAGCCUACACCUUCACUCUGAGUCUAGGACACCUCUGGUUGGUCUUUGUGACUGCAGGCGUGCUGGGGUUUUUCAUGACAGGAUACCUUCCUCUGGGCUUUGAGUUUGCUGCAGAGUUGACAUACCCAGAAUCAGAAGGAACAUCAUCAGGGCUCCUUAACGUCUCGGCACAGAUUUUUGGUAUUGCCUUCACCAUCGGCCAAGGGAAAAUCAUGGAUCGCUUUGGGACGAAGGCAGGAAACCUCCUUCUUUGUUCCUUCCUGAUGUUGGGGACCAUUAUGACAGCAUACAUUAAGGCUGAUCUCCGAAGACAGCAGGCCAAUUUGGAUAAUGAACAGACAGUGACUCCAGCUCACAGCAGAGGUAGCUCAGGCCUUGCUCACAGGCAGUUUGCUGCCACCAACAUGCUGCAGAAGCAAGAGCUGCAACAACUCCCUCCGUAUGCGUGUGAUGUGACCUCCCAGACCUGGAACUUUGUGGGUACACCGGGAGAGAAGUCCUUAGCACGUUGGGCACGCCUGAGCCCUUCCCUGCUGUCCUCCGGGGAGACAGUCACCAACUGCCCCCACAGGCUUUGA